UAGAAUCUACAAACAAGCAAAAAGUAAUUUUCAUUAAUCGCCGCUGUGUUCAGAGACUUAUCUCUUCUCCCUUACUUCCGAUCAAAAAUUCCCGGUGUCUUACGCCGCCGUCGGGUCGGUACCGGAGAUUGUUCAACAGUGUUAGCGCAAAAGAGAGCGAUAGAGAGAGAGAGAGAGUAGAAAUUUUAGUUUGUUAAUCUCAUCAGACGUGUAUCCGAUAAAACACUUGUCAAGAAUCGGAUGCCUUUGUGCGUGCUCGAGGUCAACAAACCAUCGGAUCUUUUCGUAAAGGUCGUAGCUUUAAGGGGAGCUGAUAGUUGUGUUGUUACUGCGAAUCAACAACGUUGAACCUCCCCACCCCCCAAGAUUGGAGCUUUCGAAUAUUGUAACAGAGGGAAUCAGUGAGUGAGAACGUGGUUGUUCAUUGUUCCGUUUGCUUUGGUUGAUUACACCUUUAUUACCCAGAUGAUUCAUGGGAUUGUCUUCUGUGAUUUGAUGCAUUGAUUGCAAAGACUCGUUCCCAAGCUAAGAGGGGAAACACGUUUUGGGUUUUGUUUGGUUCUUCAAUAAAGAAAGAGCUUAUUUGGGUUUCCGAUUCUUGACUCUCGUGGGAUUACUGAAGAAGAAGCCAUGGAAGACUCUUCCCAGGGGAGUUUUGUUACAACCAUAAACGAAGAUUAUGAAUCAAUCUGCUGGGGCUGUGGACUGAACCUAGUUCUUCCAUCAUACGCACCUGUUUUCAAGUGUGGCUGGUGUGGCGCAAUCACGAAUCAGAAUCCAGUCAGACCUGAAACCAGAAGCCUUGGGCUAAGACGUAUACGUGACCAGUGUUUUGUCGUUAUUCUUGCUGUUUUCAUGCUCUUUGUCAUAUGUGGUGGGAUUUGGGCAGCUUAUCCGGUCGUGUUUUCCAUCAGCUUGGCUUGCGGGAUUUUCCAUUCUGUUAUAGCAGUGUCUCUGGCGAUCUCAACGUUAUCUACAUUCAUGGUUGUUGCUUUUAAAUGCGCGGGGAAACCGAUUGAUAUUGUUUAUGGAACCCACCCUGGAGUAGGGAACGGCACACUCAACAACUAUACCUUUUGUCACACCUGCUCCAAACCAAAGUCACCUAGAACCCAUCACUGUCGCACGUGUGGCAUGUGCGUCCUCGACAUGGAUCAUCAUUGCCCCUUUAUUGGUAACUGUGUUGGUGCGGGCAAUCACAAAAACUUCGUCGCCUUUCUUAUCUCGGCCAUUAUAAGCACAAGCUACUCUUCUGUUAUGUGUGUGUACUCCCUGAUUCAUAUCUUGCCAUCCCUAGAAAAUGGAGCAGCGUAUGCAUCAUCACAUGCUAAUAAUAGUGGAUCGAUUCUGAGAGGGGUGAAGAGUAUCGUGCUUGCUUACAUAUCCAACGCUAUCUUCAUCUCUGUACGAGGCCUUGUUCUAUUAUACCUCUUUGUGGCGAGUGUUUCCGUGGCCAUUGGGUUGAGUGUUUUGCUAUGGCAGCAGCUUAGCUAUAUCUAUGAAGGGAAGACUUACUUGAGCCAUUUGAGUUCUCAAGGAAGCGAGGAAGAUGGUGAAAAGAGCUGUGGGAAUCUUUUGACGUUUUUUGGAUGUCCACUUUUGAUUGAGAGGCACUUGCCAACUAUAAGGAACUUGAGGAAGAGACAUAAGACAUGAGAAGAAGAGGAGAAUGGUGAGUCAAUGAGCUUGUUUUUGGUUAUUGAGAAUCAUUAAUCAUACUUGGAGCUAACAGGUAAUGAAGAUGAGCAAAGUUUGUAUCUCGUUUGUGAAAACUAAUGUUCAUAGAAUAUAGUAAAUUUUGUUUCCAUGCCAUAGAAAUUUUGUAGCACAUCAUCAUCAGUGACUUAAGGCCAGCUCAA